CGUUUUCCCCGUUAGAGCGCGCCAGUCUGUGUUUGAGCUUCGGCAGGAGAGCGUGCCUCCGUUCUGCCACACGCCACUCUGUAGUCUAACUAACAUACGCCAACGGCAACGGCAACGGCACCGUGAAGCAUUAUGAAGAAGACAUAACGACCUCGCCUGCCAGCCGGAAUAACUGCUGUUUUGUUUUAUUUUUCCUAAGCCUUACUAUUUCAUCUAUUCUUUCUAUUCGAUUGUGCUUUUUCCACGUCUCUGCAUUUGGACUAGAGGACAAUUUUGGUGGUGAGAUUUUAAAAACUCCGGGAAAAGAAGAGGCAGAAGAAACGGACGCAGAGAGGGGAACAUUACGCUGUAGAUGUACUGACGUUGGAUUACUUCGCUUGUUGUGCAGUGAUUCUGGAUGUAAAUUGUUGUCGCGACCGCACUUGUACAACUGGACAGAGCAAGUUUAACAGACUUCGACGCAAAAAUGGUGUUACGGCUGUGAAUAUCCUGCACCAGUAGGAGUAUUCUCUCCCUCCCUCCCCCUCUCCCUCCCCUACUGACGGACAGACGUACGGACGGGCCCGACUGCACCGGACCGCACGGCACCGCACCAGACCACACCACACCGGUCCCUCCUCCCCCGGGCCUGUGGCGAGCCCUGGUUGCUGGAGCUGACACACACAUUCACACACACACACACACACACACACACACACUUAACAGACUACACACACCACACCACACACACAGCAUGCUGGUGCCAACGCUAACGUCCGCCACACCCGCCCUGCUCGUCAUGGCAACGCUACUCAUCCUCGCCCACGCCGAAUCUCCGCCAAAGUUUUUAAGAACGCCCAACGACCAAAUAGGGGUGCAAGGGGGCGUGGCCUCGUUCAUCUGCCAGGCCACGGGCGACCCCCGACCCAAGAUCGUCUGGAACAAGAAGGGCAAGAGGGUCAGCAACCAGAGGUUUGAGGUAAUAGACUUUGAUGACGGCUCAGGCUCUGUAUUGCGUAUCCAGCCUCUGCGUACGCCACGGGACGAAGCCAUAUACGAGUGCGUGGCCUCCAAUAGUGUGGGAGAGACGAGCGCCAACACCAGACUCACUGUUUUACGUGAGGACCAGCUGCCUUCGGGGUUCCCGACCAUAGACAUGGGCCCCCAGCUGAAGGUGGUGGAGCGGACGCGCACGGCCACCAUGCUGUGCGCCGCCAGCGGGAACCCUGACCCAGACAUCACCUGGUUCAAAGACUUCCUGCCCGUCAACACCUCCAGCAACAACGGACGCAUCAAGCAACUCAGAUCAGGAGCCCUGCAGAUUGAACAGAGUGAGGAGUCCGACCAGGGGAAAUACGAGUGCGUCGCCACCAACAACGACGGCACACGCUAUUCUGCCCCGGCAAACUUAUACGUCAGAGUGCGUCGGGUUCCUCCGCGCUUCUCCAUCCCCCCGACGGACAGCGAGAUCAUGCCGGGCGGCAGCGUGAACAUCACCUGCGUUGCCGUGGGUUCCCCGAUGCCCUACGUCAAGUGGAUGCUGGGCUCGGAGGACCUGACGCCCGAGGACGACAUGCCCAUCGGCCGCAACGUCCUCGAGCUCACCGACGUCGUGCAGUCUGCCAACUACACCUGCGUCGCCAUGUCGACGCUGGGCGUCAUCGAGGCCACGGCGCAGAUCACAGUCAAAGCCCUGCCCAAGCCUCCGGGUGUCCCCCAGGUGAAUGAGCGCACGGCUACGAGCAUCACCCUCUCCUGGGACUCGGGCAACCCGGAGCCCGUGUCCUACUACAUCAUCGAGCACCGGCCCAAGGCCUCGGCCACCGCGUCGGACGACACGCCCUACAAGGAGAUCGACGGCGUGGCCACGACGCGGUACAGCGUGGGCGGCCUCAGCCCGUACUCUGACUACGAGUUCCGUGUGGUCGCCGUCAACAACAUCGGCCGAGGGCCGCACAGCGAAGCCAUCGAGGCCAAGACGGCCGAGCAGGCCCCGAGCACGGCCCCACGGCAGGUCCGCGGUCGUAUGCUGAGCGGCACGACGGCCAUCAUCCACUGGGACGAGCCGGAGGAGGCGAACGGCCAGAUCCAGGGCUACCGCGUCUACUACACCAGCGAGCCCACGCAGGAGGUCAACCAGUGGAACAAGCAGAUCGUGCAGACCUCCAGCUUCCUCACCAUACAGAACCUGACGCCCAACAAGACUUACUACAUCAAGGUGCUGGCCUAUACAUCAGUCGGCGAUGGGCCAUUGUCCUCAGACCUGCAGAUCAUCACCAAGACUGGAGUUCCAUCGCAGCCCACGGACUUCAAGGCGGAGGCCAAGUCGGAGACGAGCGUGCUGCUGUCGUGGGUAGCGCCGUCCCAGAACGGCCAAGACAACCAGAUCAUGGGCUAUGAGCUGCUCUAUAAGAAGAAGGAUGAGAAGGAGGAGAAGAGGGUGAGCUUCGAGCCCACCACCACCUACCUGCUGAAGGAGCUGAAGCCGUUCAGCACCUACACCUUUCAGCUGGCGGCGCGCAGCAAGCACGGCGUCGGCGCCUACACCAACGAGAUCUCCGCCGAGACGCCGCAGACACAGCCCUCAGCUCCGCCUCAGGAAGUGAAGUGCUUCAGUCAGGGUUCCACCAACAUUCUGGUAAGUUGGCGAGCCCCACCCACGGAACUCCAGAACGGAAUCAUAACCAAAUACAGCAUCCAGUAUUCCGCCAUGGAAGGCGAGGACACAGAGACUCGCCAGGUCUCGGAAAUUCCACCGGAAACCACAGAAUACCUCUUGGAGGACUUGGAAAAAUGGACAGAAUACCGUGUGACGGUCACGGCCCAUACUGACGUAGGAGCAGGCCCAGAAAGCUUGCCCCAGCUCAUCCGCACUGAGGAGGAUGUUCCCAGUGGGCCUCCUCGCAAAGUCGAGGUAGAGCCCGUCAACUCCACGUCAGUAAAAGUGAUGUGGCGCUCGCCAGUGCCCAACCGGCAGCACGGGCAGAUCCGCGGCUACCAGGUGCACUAUGUCAGGAUGCUUAACGGGGAGGCCACGGGGCAGCCGGUCAUCAAGGACAUACUCAUAGACGACGCACAGUGGGAAUAUGAUGAUAACACAGAACAUGAGAUGGUUUUAGCGGACUUGAUGGCCGAGACCACGUACUCUGUUACCGUGGCAGCGUACACCACCAAAGGGGACGGGGCGCGCAGCAAGCCCAAACUGGUCACCACCAUGGGAGCAGUCCCCGAGCGCCCCCGUCUGAUGGUGAGCGCCACCAACAUGGGCACGGCGCUCCUCCAGUGGCACCCCCCUCCCAACGCCCACGGUACCCUCCUCGGCUACCGCCUCCGCUUCGGCCGCAAGGACGUCGAGCCCCUGACCGUCAUCGAGUUCCCCGAGCGCGAGAACCACUACACCACCAAGGAGAUCCACAAGGGGGCGGCGUACGUCUUCCGCCUCUCCGCCCGCAACAAGGUGGGCUUCGGCGAGGAGACGGUGAAGGAGAUCGCCACGGCCGAGGACGUGCCGAGCGGCUACCCGCAGGCCAUCGCGGCCGAGGCGGCCACCGCCAGCACCAUCCAGGUGAGCUGGCAGCCCGUGCUGCUGGCGGAGCGCAACGGCGCCAUCUUGAGGUACGCGCUGCAGUACAAGGACAUCAACAGCCCGCAGAGCCCCAGCGAGCUGGUCAUCCGGGCGCCCGAGGCCUCGGCCAUGCUGGACGGGCUGAGGGCCGACACCACGUACGAUAUCAAAAUGUGCGCCUACACCAGCAAAGGCCCAGGGCCCUAUAGCCCCAGUGUACAGUUCAGAACGCAGGCCGUGGAUCAAGCAGUGUUUGCAAAAAAUUUCCAUGUGAAAGCUGCCACGAAGACCUCGGUUCUGCUGACCUGGGAGAUUCCGGAGAACUACAACCCAGCACAGCCCUUCACGAUCCUGUACGACAACGGUCAGAGUGUGGAGGUGGACGGGCGCCUGACCCAGAAGCUGAUCACCUCUCUGCAGCCGGAGACGCAGUACUCCUUCCUGCUCACCAACCGCGGCAACAGCGCCGGGGGCCUGCAGCACCGCGUCACGGCCAUGACCGCUCCGGACAUCCUGCGCACCAAGCCCACGCUCGUCGGCAAGAGCGACCCGGACGGCAUGAUGACCGUGCAGCUGCCCACGGUGGUGACCAACGAGAAAGUCAAGGGCUACUACAUAGUGGUGGUGCCACUAAAGAAACGUACGGGCAAGUUUGUGAGGCCCUGGGACAGCCCAGAUGAGAUGGACUUGGAGGAGUUACUGCGCGAGAUCAACCGCACGAGCCGCGCUCUGCGCUUCCGUCGUCAGCUGGAGUCCAAGCCGUACAUCGCGGCGUACUUCAAGGACCUUCCCUCGGAGAUCACCCUGGGCAACGGACAGACCUACGGGGAGUUCCACAACCGCCAGCUGCAGAACGGACAGGAGUACCUCUUCUUCGUCCUCGCCAUACUGGACAUCUCCGAAAACACAAUGUACUCGACCAGCCCCUACUCAGACCCACUGGUGUUCGCCGACAACGACCCUCAGCCAAUCAUAGACGAGGAGGAGGGGCUUCUGUGGGUUGUUGGUCCCGUAUUGGCUGUCGUCUUCAUCAUCUGCAUAGUCAUCGCCAUACUGCUCUACAAGAGGAAACGUGCGGAGUCGGACGCCAGGAAAGGCAGCCUGCCCCACAGCAAAGAGAUGCCCCUGCACCAUCCCACCGACCCCGUGGAGAUGAGGAGGAUGAACUUCCAAACGCCAGGUGCACGUAUCAUCAGUUAUCCAAGUAACCUUCAUUUGCCAAGCAUGGCCAGUCACCCUCCCAUCCCUAUCCUAGACCUGGCUGACCAUCUGGAACGACUAAAAGCCAACGACAACCUCAAGUUCUCACAAGAGUACGAGUCCAUUGACCCAGGGCAGCAGUUUACGUGGGAGCACUCCAACUUGGAGGUGAACAAGCCCAAGAACAGAUAUGCCAACGUCAUAGCAUACGACCACUCCAGAGUGCUGCUCUCGGCCAUCGAUGGUAUACCCGGCAGUGAUUACAUCAAUGCCAACUACAUUGACGGCUACCGUAAGCAGAAUGCCUACAUCGCCACGCAGGGGGCGCUACCCGAGACCUUCGGAGACUUCUGGAGGAUGAUCUGGGAGCAGCGCAGUGCCAACAUCGUCAUGAUGACCAAGCUGGAGGAGAGGUCGCGGGUGAAGUGUGACCAGUACUGGCCCACCAGAGGUACAGAAACAUACGGCCUGAUACAGGUCACCCUGCUGGACACAGUGGAGCUGGCCACUUACUGCGUCAGGACCUUCGCCCUCUAUAAGAAUGGGUCGAGUGAGAAGCGGGAGGUGCGUCAGUUCCAGUUCACCGCCUGGCCGGACCACGGCGUGCCCGAGCACCCCACCCCUUUCCUGGCCUUCCUCCGCCGGGUCAAGGCCUGCAACCCACCAGACGCCGGACCCAUGGUGGUACACUGCAGCGCGGGGGUGGGCCGCACGGGCUGCUUCAUCGUCAUCGACGCCAUGCUGGAGCGCAUGAAGCACGAGAAGACGGCCGACAUCUACGGCCACGUCACGCUGAUGCGCGCCCAGCGCAACUACAUGGUGCAGACGGAGGACCAGUACGUCUUCAUCCACGACGCGCUGCAGGAGGCCGUGACCUGCGGCAACACCGAGGUGCCCGCGCGCAACCUCUACACCUACAUCCAGAAGCUCACGCAGAUCGAGACCGGCGAGAACGUCUCCGGCAUGGAGCUCGAGUUCAAGCGGCUGGCCAACACGAAAGCCCACACGUCCCGCUUCAUCAGUGCCAACCUGCCCUGUAACAAGUUCAAGAACCGGCUGGUGAACAUUAUGCCGUACGAGUCCACGCGCGUCUGCCUGCAGCCCAUACGUGGCGUGGAAGGGUCCGACUACAUCAACGCCAGCUUCAUAGACGGAUACAGGCAACAGAAGGCCUACAUUGCCACGCAGGGGCCGCUGGCGGAGACCACGGAGGACUUCUGGAGGAUGCUGUGGGAACACAACUCCACCAUCGUGGUCAUGCUCACCAAGCUAAGAGAAAUGGGAAGGGAAAAGUGCCAUCAGUAUUGGCCAGCCGAGCGCUCGGCCCGCUACCAGUACUUUGUGGUGGACCCCAUGGCUGAAUACAACAUGCCCCAGUACAUACUGAGGGAGUUCAAGGUCACCGACGCAAGGGACGGCCAGUCACGGACGGUACGGCAGUUCCAGUUCACCGACUGGCCGGAGCAAGGUGUGCCCAAGUCUGGCGAAGGCUUCAUUGACUUCAUCGGCCAGGUGCACAAAACGAAAGAGCAGUUUGGACAGGAUGGACCCAUCUCGGUCCACUGUAGUGCUGGUGUGGGCAGGACUGGUGUGUUCAUCACGUUGAGCAUAGUGCUGGAGCGCAUGCGGUACGAGGGCGUGGUGGACAUCUUCCAGACCGUCAAGAUGCUGAGGACGCAGAGGCCAGCCAUGGUGCAGACAGAGGAUCAGUACCAGUUCUGUUACCGGGCGGGCCUGGAGUACCUGGGCAGCUUUGAUCACUAUGCAACGUAAGAGUCUGGGCCGGCACCGGACCGGAUCUGGACCGGACCGGACCGGGGGGAGGGGGACAGAACCGGGGGAGGGGGCUGAGAGGAAGAGGAAGAGGAGGAGAGGAAGAGAUGAAAAGAAAGAAGAGAGGAGGAGAAAGGAAGGAGACGAGGAGGUGAAAGGAGAGAAGAGGAGAGCCCAGAGAUUCUCUACUGAGCCAUAAUAAUGUCCCUGCUUGCCACCGAUGCAUACAGUACAUAAAUUAAUGAAUUAAUAAAUAAAAAUGACACUAAAAAACUUCUUAACUCAAUGACAAAUGUCAAAUAGUCAUCAAGUGUUGGGUGACAGACAGUGACGGUAAUCCAAAUGGACACCCAAUCCUUGUAAAGAAGAAAGAAGAAAAAAAGAAAUAAAUAAACGACGACAAAUGAAACAGACACCUGAAAAAAAGGAAGACAUAGAAUGAAUGAAAUAAUUGAUAAUUGACAAUUCCAUGCGGACCAAGAGUUUAAACCCCCGACACUUAAAGGUGAAGCACUCCCCCACCAACCUUACCCACACCCACAACGUUCCUGAA